CUCUCCUUAUCCAGACAAACACAAGGCAGAGUCAGAGCUGCUGCUUGCUUGCUUGCCUCUCAUGGAGGCUUCGUUGCUUUUGGCUCCCAAACCUUCCAUGCCCAGGACCGUGUAUUCGAUCGUCUCUGCGAGCAGGAGGUGCCUCGUCGUCGCUGCCGGCCACAACAAGGAACUCGGCACCCACUCAUCAGAAAGACGCUGCAGCGAUGGCCAGGUCCCUGUAACGACGCGAGCACGCGGUGGCCUAUUGGGUGCCGUCGCCGCAGCGGCGACGACGAUGAGCAGCACACUAGCAGUGCUGCCAUGCCAUGCUUCGUCUUCGGCGGCGUUGGCGGUGCUGGGCGAGCUGGACCCGGCGACGGCGAAGACGGUGGCGGGCGUGGCGGGGCCGGCGCUGUCGGCGUUCGGCUUCCUCUUCAUCCUGCGGAUCGUCAUGUCGUGGUACCCGAGGCUCCCCGUCACGGAGUUCCCCUACGUGCUGGCCUACGCGCCCACCGAGCCAUUCCUCGCCGUCACCCGCAGGGUCAUCCCACCGCUCGGCGGCGUCGACGUCACGCCCGUCGUCUGGUUCGGACUCGUCAGCUUCCUCAACGAGAUCCUCGUCGGCCCGCAGGGACUGCUCAUCCUGCUCUCCCAGCAGGUCUAGCUUCUGAUCUGAAGGAACCGACUAGGGAGGCAACAGAAGUUGCAGCUAAAAAAGCAGGCUAUUUGCUGUGUAUGGCAAUUCAUCAAUGCAAAAAAAAAGGAGAGAUGAAUUUUCUGUAAAUCAGUUGCCAUUUACAAGGCACUUCGUGCCCGUAUCCAUCCACUUUGAUACAAAUAAUCAUUUCUACACGGCAUGGCACCGCCAACUUA